AUGGCUCGAACCCUGAGGUUUGCUGAUUUUUGAUUGGUUAGAAUAUUAAUUAGCAAGGGGGGCGGUGAACUCAUUAUUUGAAUGCUUCACCUUGGAGACUGACUUUUAUAUCGAAGAAAACAUUUUAUUUCAAGUAUAUUUAUUUUGUACAGCAAAAAAAUGCCUCGAAAGGCCAUGAAAUGUAUAGUCGAGUUUGAUGUGCAUACGGUAAGCUUUGGUCGUGUUAAUUUUUUGAAGUUACCACAUGGUUGCUAAUGACGCCUUAUGUAUAGUUUGUCGUUCCAAUCUUUCAAAAUUUCAUCAUUUAGGUUUUGUGUCCUGGAACAUAUCUGCGAGAUUACGGCUAUGUUUUUCUUCGAGUCACCUGCAUGGGUUUAGAUGUUAGUACUAAAGCUGUACCGCCAACAUUUCCCUUAUUUUUUCACGAAAGACUUCGCUUUGAACGGGUAAUAAUCUUUGUUGACUAUUGGACUCAUUUAUAUUCUUACGCCACAAAAUUACAGUAAUUGUUUUUAUAUAUUUGCUUGCAAACAAUACCUAAUAAGGUCCAAUAUAUUUCUCAUUUUAUCACAUUUUUAUUUAAUUUUCAGACAUUUAAAAAUUGUCAAGACCCAGCCUAUGUAUCUGUCUUACUCAAAGGUAAACAAAGAAGAAUAUUUAAAUUCAUAUUUUGAAAUGUGUUUUUUUUAAAAGUAAUUCAUGAUUUUGAUAUUUAUUUUUCAAGGAGAGGACUUAACAAUUGAACUGCGGCAGCAUGAUGAUUAUAUAUCGGGUAUGUUUUAUCUUGGAGAAGUGUAACUAUGUCGUAAACUAUUCAGUUUAUUGUUACGUAGGCUUCUGUUUACGUUUGUACUUAGUCAGUCUACUUAUUCUGUUGUAUGUGUGAUCUGUCUUCUCUGUCAUCUGUCAACAUAGACAUAUCUUGCCAUAUAAUCCUAUUUGGAUUAAUUUUCAAUAUCUCAGCAUGCUGUACACAGUACAUUACGAUGUUAGGGUUUGUAAUCCAAGUGAGAAUAUAUACUUUUUAAGACCUAACCGGUAGGAAUCGAACCUACGGCCCUGCGAUUCCGCAAAUUGCAGUCGUUCCUUGUUAGGUCUUAAAAAGUAUAUAUUCUGACUUGGAUUACAAACCCUAACAUCCUAAUAUUAAUUCCACCAAGUGAAGUGCAAGAACUAAGUUAUUCAUGUACACAGUACAGUUUGACAUCACCCAAAUGACUUUGAAAUUAAUAGAGUGCAUUUAGAUAUUUAACUCAUUAUGUUGCCACAGUGCACUUUGCUUGGUCUAUGAUCAAAUUAUUUUACCCAUCAAGGGGGGAGCUAGCGCUCAAUGGAUGAAGAGAUGCAGGGGAAGCUGAGAAUUAGUAAUUACAAAAUAAUGAUGAACAGUGGCCAAUAAAAACAUGUUUAGUUGUUUAUCCCAAGUGAACUUCUCUAGCAUUUUAAUCCUUUAAGUAGCAAUGCACCCAGAUAUGCCCUACGUUAUUAUUUUACUCUGUCUAACACCAGACGAUUUUACUCGUCACAGGAAGAGUGCUGCCACUCAAUGAGUUAAACAAAGCUAGUUCAAUGUGAUUGGCUGAUCAAAAUAAUUAUCAAAAGCUAAUUGUUAUAAACAUGAAUGUUACCGUGUGAGAAAAUCUAUGAGUGUUGAUGCAAAUCAAGAGGUAGAUGAUGCAAUGCAGAGACAUGUGUUGAUUGCUUUGUUUAGAUGGUUAUGUUAUUGCACAUUAUUCUUCAAAUGUCAAAGAUUUUCUCUACCCAACAUCUGUGUCAUCAAUCUCCCUGGACGUAACGUGACACUUUACAAAACAUCACUUUUUAAUCCAAUCAGGAUCACUGUAAGUUUCUUAAGCAUAAUUUAAUCUCGCAGUAUUGUCUAUAGCUAAUAGCAAUUGGGUAAAUAUUGAGAUCACCACAUUUGACAGGACUGAUCAUAGUAAACAGAAAUUUUUAUACAUCUUAACCUUCACUUAACAUGGAGCCAAUAUUUACCCAAUCAUAUCACAUCUUAACUGUCACCAUCAAAUGUGGUGAAUGCUUGACUUAAUCUUACAUUGAAAUAUUCUUCCUUAGGGUGAACCUGUCCGUCUUGAAUUUGCAACAAAAACGACUCUUAAAGAAGUUCCUGACCCAAGUGACUUCAGUAAAUCAGUAAGUAAUGAUGUACUAGCUAACUUGCAUACUGGCUUUUCUAGAGCAGGGAUAUUUACCGUGCUGUGAAUGAUUUUGUAAACCAGAGCUGUAGUUACUAUAUUUGGCAAGCACUAAAAUAUUUUACAAUGCACAUGAAAUCAAGUCAUGUCAAAACAUAAAAUGACAUGAAAUAAAUUUCAAUUUUCUGAAUUUUAUUUCAGACUGAGUCGGAUGAAGAGGUUCUAUCUUAUUUAAACGCAUCACAUUCACGUAGUAACUACAGCUCCGGGUCUCCAUGGAAACCUGACGAGGACACAGCUCAGCAUAAUUCAGAGUUUGUUGUUCGACAUAAAGAUGAAAAACUAUUGGAAAAUCGUGAUUUUUCUUCUUUUAUUAAUCCCAAGCCACGAAGAUCAAGAUCACCCACACGAAGAUCCAGAUCUGUUUCUCCUUCAAAGAGAUUUCAGGGAAAUGUGACGUCAGAGUCCAUACCAGGUAGGCAGCAAUAUUUGUUUAGCCCUGUGGACAGCUCCUGCUGAGAUCCUGGGAGAUCAGAAUGUAGUUAAUGUUUAUAGCAGUUUCGCUUUCUCGCGUUCAGCGCCGUUUUUAUUUGGUUUUAUUUCGUUUUCACGUUGAGUUACGUUCACUUGAGUUACUUUCACUUUGAGUUACGUUCACGUUGAGUUACGUUCACGUUGAGUUACGUUCACGUUGAGUUACGUUCGCUUUGAGUUACGUUCACGUUGAGUUGCGUUCACUUUGAGUUACGUUCACUUUGAGUUACAGUACGUUCACGUUGAGUUACGUUCACGUUGAGUUACGUUCACUUUGAGUUACGUUCGCGUUGAGUUACGUUCAAAUCGUUUUGAGUUCCCCUUAUAUUCGUUGGAUCCGCGUUCAUAGAGCAUUGAAGCGAACGUAUUUUAAAACGCGAAUCAAAAUAAGUGGUUGGAAUCGCAGUAAAAGCAAACGCAGAAAUCGCAGCAAAAUAUAUAAAUAAAGACAAAUAAAAGUGUAUUUCGUGUUUCUUCUGCAUCUUUUAAUCUGCAAAUAUCUUAACUGUUUUAUGUCAUGGUUCCAUCACAUUCUUUAGCUUGGAAAUACUCAGUGGAUUUCCCCAGCAGCAGUACAACGCGAAGACGAGGCCGACACAGUCGUUCAGCCACAGAACCAGCCUCGUUUACGUCAUCAUAUCGUUCUCCAAGUCCCAGCCGUAGUUUGAGAUUCGCUUUAGAUGACCUGGAUAUCACGACAUCUCGCUCUUACACUGAGCAUGCAUUACGUCAUCAGACGAGAUAUUCACCUCACUUGUCUGCCGCAUUGUCAGCUUCUGACAGAAUACAGUCACGUGUGGAUAGAGUGAUGAGGGUGAGUUGCUUUGUUUGAUAAGUUUAGAUAGAAUACAGUCACGUGUGGAUAGAGUGAUGAGGGUGAGUUGCUUUGUUUGAUAAGGUUAGAUAGAAUACAGUCACGUGUGGAUAGAGUGAUGAGGGUGAGUUGCUUUGUUUGAUAAGGUUAGAUAGAAUACAGUCACGUGUGGAUAGAGUGAUGAGGGUGAGUUACUUUGUUUGAUAAGGUUAGAUAGAAUACAGUCACGUGUGGAUAGAGUGAUGAGGGUGAGUUGCUUUGUUUGAUAAGGUUAGAUAGAAUACAGUCACGUGUGGAUAGAGUGAUGAGGGUGAGUUACUUUGUUUGAUAAGGUUAGAUAGAAUACAGUCACGUGUGGAUAGAGUGAUGAGGGUGAGUUGCUUUGUUUGAUAAGGUUAGAUAGAAUACAGUCACGUGUGGAUAGAGUGAUGAGGGUGAGUUACUUUGUUUGAUAAGGUUAGAUAGAAUACAGUCACGUGUGGAUAGGGUGAUGAGGGUGAGUUGCUUUGUUUGAUAAGGUUAGAUAGAAUACAGUCACGUGUGGAUAGAGUGAUGAGGGUGAGUUGCUUUGUUUGGUAAGGUUAGAUAGAAUACAGUCACUUGCUAAUGAGGUACGAGCAGUUUACUCUACACGUAGGAAGGUCGUUGUGUUCGCAACAACCAUGUAUAUAGCAAGCAGUGUAAACAAUGUAGUUCUGCUGCAGGUUUUAUUUUGAAUUUACUUGACGUGUAGUAAAUUACGUCAGCAUUCUGACAGGAUACACAUUGAGCUUAAACGGGCUUAUCCUGAUUGAUACUAGAGAGUUUAAGUUCGACUUCCGAUACCAAUACCGAUACUAACAACAGGUCAUGCGCAUGCUCUCUGCUCGCAAGAAGCACGAGGACAAGUGUAUUGGAAGUCACCACUACCGAAGUCGGUCUUGUAUUGGAAGUCGGGGGAAUUGUAAGAUAAACUCAUAUAAAUCGGAUAUUUCAUAGUUUUUACGAUAAACAUGUAAACUAUUUGUUUAUUAGCAUCGCCUGAGUCAUGUUUUAGUCGGAAUUUUAGCUCAGCUGCCGUUUAGUAUACCGCACAUUUUCGUUGACGAUUAAUGUGUUCUCUACUUUAUCUGUCGUGAUAACUUAACGCUUUAAAAUUCCCGGUACCAAAAUGAGAACGGAAGUGAAAACAUCGGUAUUGGUAUUGGAAGUCGAACUUAAACUCUCUACUAUUAAGUUCCAGACAAAUAAAAUUUAAAUGUUCACAUCAUGCCAUUUUUCGUAGUCUGGUCAAGAAUCUGAUACAGAUAGUAACUGGUUAAUCACCUCAUGUGAACUUUCUUUUGAAUAA